AUGGCUUCCUCAAAGACAACGACUGGUUUCACGGAUCUUCCAGUCGAACUUCGCCUCCGCAUUUACUCCGAAAUUAUCAUCUCCAUCUCUGCAAUGGUUUGGCCUACACACAGACCCGACUCCAAAUAUCCUCUUUGGCUGCUUGAGCAUAUGAAAGAAAUCUUCGUCGCCCAGCGCUUUCCGUCUUCGCACGAUCUAUACAGCUAUUACGGUCUCCUGCUUUCAUGCAAGACUGUCUAUGGCGAAUUCGAGCAUGAGUGGCUCAAGGUCUACGUCCCAUGGUUCAAGAAGGAGUUUGACAUCCACAACUUUGAUCUUCCAACUAUCAGUGGUUGGCUCCAGUCUCCGCUUGUUAUUCUCUCCGGUGUUCGCAAGCUUGCCAACAACUUGCCUUCGUUCUGCAUCUAUCCCAUUUCGUCGCUUGCGUCCGAUCAUACGCCGCUUACCCGGGAGCAGAUCAAGCGCUUUGCGAUUGCCGCCUAA